AUGGCUUUACCAAACUCCUCGGGCUCCUCUGGAGCUGACAAGCCCAACCCCAGUCUCAUAGAUCUGGGUACAUUCUUCGUGGACUCUGAUAUCAUAUUUGGAUUUACCAGUCAUCUUCUAAGGAGAAAAGCAAAGGUGAGUGAGUGCACGCUACACUAAAUAGCUGAAACAUAAGCUACUCAAACAAAAAAUGUAGCCAAAUCCACUCCCCCAACUACCUUGAAAAAUAUAACGUUAAUAAAUAAAAAAGUUGAUACACAAAGUGAUCAGUAAAGCUACAGACCUGGAUUUCCAGGUAGCCUAAACUACAAAGUAAAUAGUCUCCGAGUCGGACCCAGGCCAUGUCAACCUCACGUCCGCUAUUUCAGGACCAUGAACAGCUCCCUUGACUGUCCGCUGCGCCUUAUCAACUUUGCCAACUUCAUAGCGUGAUCACUGACUUGGAUUUCUCUUCUUCAAAACCAUUUCAAAAAGUUUGACCCAAGUAGAGAGUAGCAGGGUGGAUGGGGCUUUGUGGUCCCAAACAUUCAUUGCUCUAAUAGACAACAAGGCUGCUGUAAUCUCUGCGCUCAUUCGAUAUUAUUAAAGGCGCUGAGCAGUUAUAGCCAAAACAUAACACUCGUAAUCAAUACAAGCGCACGCAAGGGUCAGUAAAGACCACAAUGACAGACUUGAUUUCCCUCUCACUGUCAAACAUUUAAUUUGAUGAUAUGAUAGAGUGAUUCAUUUCUAAAUGCAAUGAGAGUCACAAAAAACUAAAGUGGGAAAGAAAUGGAAUAGCCUACCCUGAUUCCUGAUUCCCUAAAGACUGUGUUAUUAUCAAUGAUAUUAGGCUACCUAUUUUUUUAAUUAUGACUCCGGCUCAUCUGUCAUCUAUUGUGUCUGUGGUCUGAUGACCAUGGCCGUAGUUUCAGAUAAAAUCAGAAUUUUCUUAUUUAUGAUAUAUUAUUCUGAGAAUUUUUUAUUCGCUUUUUGUGGUGAAUAGCUUAUGUUAUGUUUCAUGUGUAAUUACAAAAUAAACGUUUGGCAGUAUUAAAUUGGCCUCCUUCUGUUAACCCCAUAAGGAUGCCUAUAAUUUGCAACCAGUUGCGCUGUCAAGCGUAAACCUACUCAACCUAGUCGACGACACAGACAGACAGACAAAAGGCUGCAACUGGGUCAUGUGAGGGUAGAAGGGAUCUUCAAAACGAAGUACGAGGCCGUCGUCGCUUACAUCAUCAACCUCAAAUAUUUAAAGUUUGGUAAUUAAAUAUUUAAGUUGUACCCCUUAUUUUGCGAAAACCAUCCUGCAACCUUUGUAUUUACCAGAGGAUGGCGCCAAAGUAGCAAGAACGGGAUGCAUUGGCUGUAAAGCUCAGUAGGCUCUGUACUCUACCCAUUAUCUUGUAAGUGAAGCGAUGUCUGCAACUCUGUCUGCUCGCGUGAGUGACAACAUGAAUGAAUAAAACCAUUGAAUACAAUAAUCUAAAAUCUAAAUCACUAUAUUUCAAAUACUAUUACAACAUUGAUAAAAUCUGCCAAUACAAUCGGCAAUUUCAGCUUUAUAAAUAGCUAGCCUAAUAACCUAUAAACCUAAUACAACUCACACGUUGAAUUACCCUGUCUGAUCCAUGUACAUAAGGUUAUGAUUUUAAGUGAUUUACUAUUGCAGUGUUCAAUGAUGCGCCAAAAAGUUUCGCAAAAGUUUUCCCCACCCAUUUAAAAGAGUGUGUGCACUUAGUACCAAAACUUCUCUCGGAUUGUCCCAUCAAGGGACGGAUCCAGUGCAGGACACAACAAUGGUUAGCCUAUAGUCUGUCUACUCUCUGACAGAUUUAGAAGUGACACUUCAAUUUACAACUACAACUACACUUCAAUUUACACUUAAUUUUUUUAAAAAUAAGUGAGUGUAUGUGAGAACCACGUCUACUAGGGAUACCCAGACCCGGGAGAAUGAACUCAUUUUGGGGAAAUGCAACUCAUGGACGGGACCCUGACAACCGCAUAUUUAUUGUAAGUGUUUUAUGCAUUAAGUUAAAAUGAUCAGUUCCGAUUUGCAAUAAAACCUGUCGCUGUCGCAGCACAACCUUUUGUUUUGGAACCCUUUUAGCCUACCUCUUCAGAUUGGUAGUGCUCAUGUCUGCCUAUUCAUAUUGACAUUCAUGCAGGUUGUCAGUCAACCAACAACUCCAGACAAGUAGGCUUCCACACCUGCGCUUGUGCGUCUCGCCAAUGUAUUUUUCUAUCUAUGAAUAAAUACAUUUAUUUUAACUGAGUUGCUUUUCUCUCAUGGCGAAGGUGGAAGGUUGUCCUAGCGGAGAGUCGCCGUUCCCUGUUGAUCUGAAUCACAGGAAAAUACUUCACUUGGCGGAGGACGCGCGGUGUAGCAGCCGGCCACCCCCGGAGGGCGCAGGGUCGGUGACCGUCUCAGAGUCGGAGAGAAGGGAUGGAAAAGGAAGCUUUUGCCAACAAUGUCAAAUGAAUGUGACAGAGCUGAAGAGGCAAGCGCUGGCCUUGACAGACCCAAGUUCACUAAAGGUUUGUGAAGCAAUUUCUUACUUUAAUAUGAGUCUCAAGUACCAAUAA